AUUCGGGAGGUGUUUGUAAAAAUAAGUUGUGAUACUGCUAAGAAGAAAGAACUUAAAAUAGUUAAAAACAAAAGCAAUGUCACUAACAAAUCUUAGUGAUAAAGAAGAGGAACAUGUUUCCCGCCCCGACACUCCAGUGAGUAGUGCCAGUGAUGACUCAUUCCAUUCGGCAGACAAUGAUGACAGUAGCCCUGCUCAAGAUGGAGAGAAAAGUCAGGCUUCUACCAGAGAAUGUUCUGAGGGAGGGAGUGAAUCUUCGGAAGAGCUAUGUCCGGACGUUCCCGUAAUAGAGCCAGAUUGUCAAGAAAAGAGCAAGAGUGAUGCAAGCCUUACACCUGACACAAAGUCUGGAGGGUCAGAGAGCCUGGAAGAUUUUGGAAUUAAGCUGGACAAAGAAAAGGAAGAGGAUGAGGAAGAGGAAGAUUUUGUAGAUGAGGAAUAUUUAAAGGAUCUUGAGCUCAGUAUGACAGAGGAAGAAAAAGAAGAGAAGAAAAAAGAAAGCUUGAUACAUAAAGAAAAAGGUAACACAAGCUUUAAGACAGGGCAAUAUGAGGAAGCUGUUAGUGCAUAUACAGUGGGAUUAAGAAUAUGCCCGAUAUCAUUCCCAAGGGAACGUUCAGUAUUGUAUGCCAACAGAGCAGCAGCAAGGUCAAAAAUUGACAAGAAAAAGGAAGCAAUUAAGGACUGUACAAAUGCAAUUGAUCUAGACAGCACAUAUCUUAAGGCCAUUUUACGACGUGCAACUCUAAAUGAAGAAACGGAACAACUGGAUGAGGCCUUGAAAGAUUUUCAGCGAGUGCUUGAAUUAGAUCCAAGCCAUGUAGAGGCUCAGAGAGCUGUCAGAGUAAUUAUUUUGGACUUUUUUGUCUUAGAUUGUUUAUGUGUGUAUAUAUACAUUGGAUACUGCUGGGUGAUUCUGUAA